AUGGCCUCUUUACAACCAGAACCCCGCGGCCGCUCUCGAGCAUCCUCAGCAGCCUCUUCUAUCAGGUCCAACACCAGUGACACCAAAAGAAGCUUCUUCGGCUCUCUCAAAGACAUAGUCAAGAGAUCCUCCCGCUCACCCUCACCAAACCCAAACAAGAUGUGCAACCCCUUCUUCACCAGCGCGGCGACAGUGACGGCAAACGACAUGGCAGCCGGAGCCCCGUUGUCAGAAGCACCACCCCCCUACACGGCCCAGCCCCCCCAGCCCAACCCAUCAAUCUCCAUCGACAAACCCACCACCAACCCCCAACACCGGACCCCCUCCCCCUCUCCCUCAGCAACGUCCAUCCUCUCCACCCCGGAAGACCCUUAUGCCUUCCUCUCCAUGUUCGACACCAUCUUUCUGAUUGACGACUCAGGCUCAAUGUCCUCCCAAAACAGGUGGAAAGAAACCAAAUCAGCCCUGCAAGCCAUCGCACCUAUUUGCACCGCCCACGACAGCGACGGGGUAGACGUCUACUUCCUCAACUCCAAAAACCCCGCGCACCCCUCCACAGGGUUUAUAGGGAGGAAAACAGCGCAGUCGAUCAACCAGCUGUUUAGCGACGUGCACCCCACAGGAUGGACACCCACCGGUUCAAGAAUCAGGAACAUUCUCGGUCCAUAUGUCAAGAGAUAUGUCGAGAUGGUGAAGAGGGGUGUGGACCCGGAUAACACGGGGAUUAAGCCGGUGAAUGUGAUUGUGAUUACGGACGGGGCGGCGAGCGAUGACCCGGAGGGGGUGAUUGUCAACCUGGCGAGGAAGCUGGACGAGGUUGAGGCGCCGAGUCACCAGGUCGGGAUACAGUUUUUUCAGGUUGGGGAUGAUGGGGAGGCGGGGAAGGCGCUGAGGGAGUUGGAUGAUGGGUUGAGGGGGGUGAGGGAUAUGGUUGAUACUGUGAGCUUCGAUCAGAGGGGCAGUUGGGCGGAUGGGGGGGGGAGGGUGUUGAGUGCCGAGGGGAUUUUGAAGACGGUGCUGGGGGCGGUGGUGAAGAGGUUGGAUCGGAGGGUUGUGGGGGAGAGGCAGGGGGGGUUGUUGGCGCCUAGGAGUUAG